AUGAAUAUUUUUCAACACUUGGUACUAAGUAUUUUGUUUAUAAAUAAGCAUAUUUUUGGAGAGCACAAUUCAGAUAUCUCUCUGCCGUUACCGUUCUCCUGCCAACAGUUAGCUAAACAAGUCUACCUAGGCUCCAAAUUUAGCCUACUAAACGUACCUUCUCAAGCAGUAACGUAUUGGGUUCAUGGCAAAAACUAUAAAAAAGGCGAUGGCGGAACUUGUCCUUGCAAUGACACAAUCCGAGUGAGUGCAUUAAAAGACGAUAGUGACGAGUUAUAUGUAACUCUAGAGAAAAAACAGAACGAAAUAUGUGCGACAAGACAGCUGAUAAAACUAAAAGGAGAUCACCGAUGCACUAAUGAGGACCUAGCAAAAUAUAGUCACAAGACUCAUGAUUACCGCAGUUAUGGCUUCAGUGAACGUGGUGUUGUGUUUGAUGUAGACUGGCAGAAAAGGUGUGAAUUAAUUGUUGGAUCAAAACAAGUGUUCAAAUGUAAUCAUGGUGGCGAUGAGAACUCUACAAUACAGUGGUACCAAGAAUUUAAUCAUGGUAAUGUUAACCCUGUACCAAUAGGCGAUAGAAGCACAGUAACUAUGAGAAUCGACGAUUUAGAUGAGAACACAGCUUUUGUCUGUUACCAGAAAGUUGGACAAUUUGGUAAAAGUAAAGAGAUUGUUCGUUAUCCAAUUAAAAUAUCAACAAUAAAUUCAUCACGCAUAAUACCAAGGUAUUACAAUGAAACUUCUGAGAUCCGUUAUUCGUGUGAAAAAAAUCCAGAGCAUGAAGGAUAUACUCUUGUAAUGUUAAUACAGAACAAAGUUUUUAAAAACGUAACUCAAUAUUCGGGUCCAGUACAACUGAAAUUGAAAGAAGAAGAUAGCGGCUCUAUAUUCAGUUGUGUAAAUAUUAUACAAAAACCAUUAGAAAUUGAAAGAAAUAUUUCUAAAAAAGAGAUGUUUAUCUUCAAAAGAGAGCCGCAUGUAAGGGACUUAUCAACCACAACAAGACAUGUUACUACUUGCUGGAAUAAUGUAAAGAAACCAGAAACAUCAUUUCAAGUCACUAGCACUCCGGAACCAGAACCUGUGUCCUCAAAAGUUGGAGAAGAAAAAGUUUUAACAUGUAGCCAUAAUGAUUCAUAUUCUUCUACACGAAUGGCGUGGCAUCAUUACUUUCCUAAAGGAAACGAGACUUUAUAUUAUCCAACGAUUACGGACGUCAAAACAUACAAAUUUGAACUAACGCUGGAAGAAUUUGAUGAUGAUACCGUUUUUACAUGCGUCAUGAGUCAAAACCCGUUAAAUAAUCAAACACAUGUAACAAAAUCGUCGGUUAUAAAUUCAACAACGGAUGUUUCACACAUAAAUGAAAAAUACUAUAAUGAGGAAACUAUACUUGAAUUUAAUUGCAGCCAGUUUGCUUCAUUUUAUUAUUUAUUACUGGUAAAACCUGACAAAUAUAUAAGCAUAUUUUCACAUGAAAAAGGGACAAAAAUGAAAUUCACUAAAUCCGAUAAUAAGUCGAUUUUAUAUUGUCUGUAUAUUGUACCAGAAAAUGAAAUACACUAUAAAAAGGUUACAAGACAUGUAAAAAAAAUAGCCUUACUCAUAUAUCAAGAGAAGAAAGAAGAAAAUUUCAAAACUUACUUCUUUAUAGGAGGUGCUAUAACUGGAACAAUUGUUCUUUCAAUUAUUUCUAUUUUAUUUUGGAAAUGUUGUAACAAGUCAAAAAAAACUGCUUCUGACAAUUAUAACGAGGACACGGGACGAUUAACGUAUGCCGAGCUAGACCUACGCCAUGUACCGAUCAAUAAUCAAAAACCCAGAGUAGAAGAGACACCCUAUGCUGAAAUUAUCCGGUGUGAAAAUAAACCAUAUCAAGACUAUCAAAUAAGACCAGAAAAUACGGAAUCCCCAUACGCUAAUUGUUGA